AUGGAUCGCGCAAGAAAGCGUACGUUCCCUUCUGGCAACUUUCGGAACUCCAUCUAUUCUGUCCGGAUGCCAGCUAACCCUGGCGCAGGCGAACUUCGCGCUACAAACGAGCGUGUUUGGGCUGGCGAAACCAAUCUCUUUCAAGUCAACAGCUCUCUCGACUCUUCUCUCAAGAAAAACACUGCCUUUAUUAAACGACUUCGUACCGCAAUCACUUCUGCUACUCUGAGCACCUUUCUUCAGGAAAUUCGCACUCUCAGCCUGCACAAGUACCUCUCCGAGAUCAUAUCCGCCUUUUAUGAGGGACUCUGCAAGCUCAAAACUCCGGGCGAGGUCGAUGCCGGUGCCGAGAUUGCCAGUGCUCUGCACCAGCGUUUCGGUCCUGCCGAGUUCACAGAGCACCUCAGCUGGCUUCUAGGCCGUGGCAUGGCUACGCCCGAGAAAAGUGCGCUCAAGGCUCUCCCUCAGGAGGUCCGCGAAAAGGAGGAAAAGGAGCGUCUUACUAGACAAAGGGCACUGCUGCGAGUCGUCACCGAGCUAUGGCUGCUUGGUGUCUUACGAACCUUGGACGAUGCCGUAAAACCCGACGAGGCGACAAAAGCUGUAGCUUCGAAAACCGCCGAAAUAAAGCCCCGCGCAAGCGCAAAGAACAACACUUAUGCCGAGCCAUUUCCAUUAGAAGUUCUCAAAGAUCUCCUUGGCUAUGAUCGCGAGCACGUCAACCUUCCUUUGCUUGUCAUCUUUGUCAAGGCCUUCAGCUGGGACGUCCUUGGUGUCAAGCCUGUCAAUGCUGAUGGCAGAAAAACUAUUGAAGAAGACGGCGCCGCAGCAGAGCCUGUACUAUCUGCCACAGAAACCGAAGACAAUGUAGUUGAUCAGCCUUUUACUUCGCCAGAAGUAUCAGAAAAGUUCAAAAAAAUCCUCAUCAAGUAUUUCGACGACGUCAAGAAUCACAUUGUUCGAGACCAAAAGUCUAUACACUCGCAAGCUCGCCGAAAUGCAGAGGCAUAUGUCAAGAGUGGCGAGGUCUUCGAAGACCGGCAAGCAAACUACGAAAAACAGGUCAAGACCCAAGACCGUCUCGUCUCAAACGCUCAGGUCAUUGCCGACGCCAUUGGGGCUGAGAUGCCUGAUCUGAAAGACUCGUACGACCCACUCAACGCCUCCGGUGCUGGUAUCGGCCUUGUGAAGACGGGAGAGUAUCUCCGCUCUCCUGCCGAUGGGCUGGGAAUCUGGGACGAUGAUGAAGAGAGGCGCUUCUAUGAAAACUUGGUCGACUUGAAGGGCAAAGUUCCAUCCAUGCUGCUGGAAGACGGCAAAAAGAAAAAGACGGAUGGUGAAGAUCAAGUUGGCAGGAAGACGGAUGAUGCCGAAGCUACAGUUGCUGCCGAUCCUGCCGAGGAUCAGUCCAUGGCCAUUGCAAACAAGACAAUCGGUGCACAGGUUGACGCGCUGCUGGCACGACUGCCGGACUUGACAGGUAAAGAAACUAUCGAUCAGAUGGCAAUCGAUUUUUGCUAUCUCAACUCCAAAGCCUCUCGCAAUCGGCUUGUGAAAGCCCUGACUGAAGUACCGAAGGGUAGAGGAGACCUGCUUCCCUCCUGGUCCCGCCUCGUCGCUACAUUGGGUCGUUACAUGCCAGAUGUUCCCAAGGGUCUUGUUGAAUACUUGGAUGCCGAGUUUCGCAGUUUGCAGCGCCGGAAGGAAAAGGAUUUUCUCGGUCAGGUCCGCCUUGGCAAUAUCCGCUAUCUUGCUGAGCUCACCAAAUUCGGCGUGGUGCCGGAGCAUGUAGUCUUUCAUUGUCUCAAAGUCAGCCUAGAUGACUUUUCCCGAAUGAACAUUGAGAUUCUCUGCAAUCUCUUGGAGAAUUGUGGUCGAUAUCUACUCAAGACACCCGACACUGCCCCACGAAUGGUGAGCUUCUUGGAAACGCUGCAGCGCAAAAAGUCGGUUCAACAUAUUGGUCAACCGGAACGAAUGCUCAUCGACAACGCUGUUUACUAUGUUGAUCCACCAGAGCGUCCUGCUAUUGAACAGAAAGAGCGAACACCAAUGGAGCUUUUUAUUCGAAAGCUAGUCUAUAACGACAUGACAAAACGAAAUUAUAGCAAAAUCUUGAAGCAGAUCAGGCGCUUGCAUUGGGAGGAAAGCGACGUUGUUGCCAUGUUAGAGAAAGUGUUCUCCAAGCCUGGCAAAGUUAAGUACGGCAACGUGCAUUUGCUCGCCAUCCUUUUGAGCGCGCUCUAUCGCUAUCACCCUGCUUUUGUUGUCAAGGUAAUAGAUAAUGUCAUUGAGUCCAUUACGUUUGGCCUUGAGCAGAAUGACUUUAGAACAUUUCAGCGCAGGGUGGCCGAAGUCAAGUAUCUGAGCGAGCUCUACAACUAUCGCAUGUUGGAGCACCCCGUCAUCUUCGAUGCCAUGUACAAGAUUCUCACAUUCGGCUAUGGUGGCGCUCCUGUGCCCGGACGGUACAAUUCCUUUGACCCGCCGGAUGACUUUUUCCGCAUACGACUCAUCUCGACAAUGCUGGAAACGUGUGGUGUGUUUUUCAAUCGCGGCGCUGCAGGCAAGAAGCUGGAUUUCUUCCUUUCCUUCUUUCAGUACUAUGUCCACACAAAGGUUGCACUUCCGAUGGACAUUGACUUUAUCGUGCAAGAUACUUUUGGUUUGACUCGUCCUCAAUGGAAAUUUGCUGCGAAUCUUGAGGAAGCCACAAAGGCCUUCCAAGAGGCCGUGGCCCUGGAUCAGAAGUCCAGCGGCGCAGACAAGGCAAAUGAUGCCGACGCCGACGAUGCGACUAGUGGCGCUUCGUCUGACGAUGAGCAUGGCGAUUUGGACGAGAUUGAGGGUGACGCAGAUGUAGAUGAAGAUGACGAUAGUCUCUCAGAGGAGGAGGAAGAUAUGAACGAACUAGUUGAAGAUUCGGAUGCUGAUAGUCAAGAUUAUGACGAGGCUAUUGUUGUCACGAGACAGGAGGAGGCGAUCGAUCCAGAAGACGAGGCUGAUUUCGAACGGGAAUAUGCCAAGAUGAUGGCGGAGAGCCUGGAAUCGCGAAAAUUUGAGCGCAAGCAGCAAUUCGAUGUCCCCCUUCCUGUUCGCCCCAAGGCUCGAGAGUUGGGUGCCGGCGAAGGGCCGCCAAUACCGGAAAGCUCUGCUGCCCCAGCAAACAAGAUGGCAUUCUCUCUCUUGACAAAGAAGGGUAAUCGCCAACAGACGCGGACGGUUGAAUUGCCGUCUGACUCUGCCUUUGCACUGGCUAUGAGAACAUCGCAGCAAGCCGAGCGGGAAGAACAGCAGCGCAUCAAGAGCUUGGUCCUGAAUUAUGAUUUGCAGCAAAGUGAUGACCAAGACGGUGGCGAGAAGCAAACGACGUUUUACCACAAUCGAGUCGAGCGUUCUGGCAAGGACCGAGGUCAGAGAGUUCGAAAACUGCAGCUUAGCGAUGUGGACUGCUUUCCGGGAUCAAAUCGCAUGCGGCAAUAA